GUGUGUACCCAGACGAUGACCUGCGACGAAAGCAGCAUCCACGCUAACCAGCACCUGGCUUUCCCGCAGGACACCACCCGCCGCGGUUCUUUGACCCAAGACCACGUCCGUCCAUCGACGUCCGCCGGUGCCCUGUGGCACCCGUUACCUCACCCCUCGCCGUCACCGAAAGCCAUCGGUAUGCUACAAGACAUGUCUCCCUGUUUCAGCACGUUCUCUGUCUCGCCGUCGUCUGCCGGUGGCGGCUACGCGGCUGCCACCGCCACUGCAGCUAGUAGAACCGGCGCCGUCACUUUUCAGGUCGGUCCUUUGUCUGACUCCAGUUCCGGCGAAAUUAGCAGUUCAGGUAUAUGCACCCUGUUUUUCUGA